ACAUUGCCAGUUACUAGCAAACACUGGCCCAGUUAAUAGUGAAAGAGAGUGUGUACUUGUGCUCAGAUCAAAAUCGAGCCGACACUGUAUGUACUGAAACUGAGCUCAGGUUCUGCUGUAAUCCUCACCACCACGCAAAGUUUAAAACUUUUGAGAUCAAAGAUGAAGGAAGACGAUGUCUUGCCGGCGGCGACGGCGACAAAUCAGAAGAAGGAUAGCUCCGAUUCGGUCUUGUUCGGAAGAGGACGUUACAAGUUCUUUGCCUUCGCCGCUCUUAUGCUUCUUGCGUUUUGGUCGAUGUUCACCGGUACAGUCACUCUCCGGUUAUCCACGGAAGAUCUAAACCGGUUAUCGGAAGAUAUCGGGAUCCCAACGAACCACGAGAGCCUAGACGUUUUGGAAAUGGAGGAGAGGGAGAGAGUGGUGAAGCAUAUGUGGGAUGUGUAUACUAACAGUCUGAUGGUAUAA